GAAUAUGAAACAGAGAAAUCACCAGAAUUUAAUUCAUUAAUUCAAAUAAAAUCUCAAAUUUUCUCCUCCGGAGAUAUCUAAGAUAUUAUAGGCGAUGGAACUGAGGAGAAAAUUGUGCAUUGUGGUUGCAGUUUUCGUAAUUGUGAUCGAAUUUGCAUCAGGCAAUUUCGUGUUUAAGGUACAACACAAGUUCGCAGGGAAAGAGAAGAAGCUCGAGCAUUUCAAGUCUCAUGACACGCGCCGCCACUCUCGGAUGCUCGCUUCCAUUGAUCUCCCUUUAGGGGGAGACAGCCGCGUAGACUCUGUCGGUUUAUACUUCACUAAAAUCAAGCUCGGGUCGCCACCAAAAGAAUAUCAUGUACAAGUUGAUACAGGAAGUGAUAUACUUUGGGUCAAUUGCAAGCCGUGUCCCAAAUGUCCCUCAAAAACUAAUUUGAAUUUCCAUUUAUCAUUGUUCGACAUGAAUGCUUCCUCGACUUCGAAGAAGGUUGGUUGUGAUGAUGAUUUUUGCUCUUUCAUUUCGCAAUCGGAUAGCUGUCAACCCGCUGUCGGAUGUAGUUAUCACAUUGUCUAUGCGGAUGAGAGUACAAGUGAAGGUAACUUUAUAAGGGACAAGUUAACUCUAGAACAAGUUACUGGAGAUCUUCAAACCGGACCACUUGGUCAAGAAGUUGUAUUCGGGUGUGGAAGUGAUCAAUCUGGACAACUUGGGAAGAGUGACUCAGCAGUUGAUGGUGUUAUGGGUUUUGGACAAUCAAAUACCUCUGUCCUUUCACAACUAGCUGCCACGGGCGAUGCGAAAAGAGUUUUUUCGCAUUGCUUAGAUAAUGUUAAAGGAGGUGGGAUUUUUGCUGUUGGUGUUGUGGAUUCUCCCAAAGUUAAAACAACCCCUAUGGUACCUAAUCAGAUGCAUUACAAUGUAAUGUUGAUGGGAAUGGAUGUGGAUGGAACUGCUCUUGACCUUCCACCAAGUAUUUUGAGGAACGGAGGAACCAUUGUUGAUAGUGGUACAACUUUGGCUUACUUUCCAAAGGUUCUUUAUGACUCCCUAAUAGAAACGAUUCUUGCUCGUCAACCUGUAAAACUUCACAUAGUAGAGGACACCUUCCAAUGUUUCAGCUUCAGUGAAAACAUUGAUGAGGCGUUCCCACCAGUAAGUUUUGAGUUUGAGGACUCUGUCAAACUUACCGUUUAUCCGCAUGAUUAUCUUUUCACACUUGAGAAAGAGUUGUACUGCUUUGGGUGGCAAGCUGGUGAACUGACAACUGAUGAAAGAACAGAAGUGAUUCUCUUAGGAGACUUGGUGCUCUCGAACAAGUUAGUAGUAUACGAUUUGGAAAACGAGGUGAUCGGAUGGGCAGAUCAUAACUGUUCAUCAAGCAUCAAAGUAAAAGACGGAUCAGGAGGAGUAUACUCGGUUGGCGCAGACAAUCUUUCCUCGGCUCCUCCUUUUUUGACGAUCGGAAAGCUUCUUACAAUUUUGUCAACAUUGAUCGCAAUGGCUUUACUUCAUUAGCAUAGUAAAAAGAGAGACCAUUC